AUGUCACAGCAGACAUUAAGACACCUGCUAGGACGACAAUCUGAAAGCUUCAAUUUGCUCGAAGUCGCAUUCUUGACAGCGGCGCUCGAAUCUGCAUUAUACUACGAAACGCGGAUGCGUUCUGCUCCAGCCUUCGAUAACAAGUUUAAUCUACUGUCACACGCGAUCCAGCUGGCAAAGUCCGACGGACUCUUCCUCGAGUUUGGAGUUGGAGCUGGCGAAACCAUUAAUCAUAUCGCAAUGCAGAUCGACAAAGACAGGAUAGUUUUUGGCUUCGAUUCAUUCACGGGCCUACCCGAGACUUGGCGCACUGGUUUCGUCGAGGGAAAGUUUGCGCAGAGCACACUUCCAGCCGUGCCUUACCAUGUGACGCUGAUUAAGGGUAUCUUUGACGACACUCUACCUGCAUUUUUAGAGACGAAUCUGGGUCCGGUCGCGUUCCUACAUGUCGAUUGCGACCUGUAUUCGUCGACAAAGUCCUUGUUGAAACAACUUGCUCCUCGUAUUUGUGAAGGUACUAUUAUUGUAUUCGAUGAGUAUUUCAACUUUCCUGGUUGGCAGCAAGAUGAGUAUAAGGCUUUUCAAGAACUUGUUGCAGACUGUGGCCUAAUCUAUGAUUAUAUCGGCUUCGUGCCAAGCCAUCAGCAGGCUGCGGUCUGCAUCACGAAAAAACAAAAUUCAUGA